AUGAGCAAGCUGACGAUCUCUGUCAUUUACGGCUCGGUCCGCCCUGGCCGCAUGGGCAUCCGCCUGGCCAAGUACAUCCAGCAGCAGCUCAUCAGCCGCGGUCAUGACAGCCAUCUGAUCGAUCCGCUCGAGACGCCCGUUCCCCUGUUCACGGGCCGUCACAGCUGGAUGAAGCCUGGAGAGAACCCCAUCCUCGACAAGCUCGCCGAUACUCUCCGCCGAUCCGACGCCUUUGUCAUCGUCUCGGCCGAGUACAAUCAUACCAUCCCCCCGGCCCUCACCAACCUGAUGGACUACUUCUUUGACGAGUACAAGUACAAACCCUCGGCCAUCGCCACAUACUCCAUGGGCAGCUUUGGUGGUGUCCGUGCCGCCAUGGCCCUCCGCCCGUUCCUUGGCGAGCUCGGCACUGUCUCGAUUCCGACGCUCUUCCCCGUCCCGACCAUCCAGGACGCCUUCACCCCCGAGGGCCAUCCCGUCGACAAGGUCUACCACGAGCGCUUUGAUCGAUUCUGCAAGGAGCUGGAAUGGUAUGCCCACAGCCUCAAGGCCAGUCGCGAGGCCGGUGUUCCUUGA